GUAUGUUUGCGUUCCAAUUUUUACACAUAUGUGCAAAUCUACAAUAUUUCAAUUACAAAAGUUACAACAACGGAGUUGGAGAUGCAUGGAGAAUUAUAGCGAAGUGACGAAGUGACAAACAUGACAAUUGAUGAAAGCUACGGAGGAAGUAUCUGCAGGCAAAGAACCAGGAACCAGUUAAGAUUGGAUAACAAUUUGGUGAAGCUAUAAAGUGUUCGUUGAUGGCUGUGAGAUGUUCGUAGAAGUGGUGGGGAGACUGAAAAGACAGUGGAUCCGUCGUGGAUCAUACGCUUGUCCUUACGGCAAAAUCAACGGCAACAGUGUCACAUCAACUGUGGAUAACUUAGGCUCCAGAAAGAAAAAGAAACUUAAGAAAACUCGUUCAUAACGCCUUCGGUGUACAUCGUUCUCAUCAUCAUCGUAGUUCUCCUUGUUCCAUUCGUUGUUUUCGGCAACGUCGUCACCGCCAUCAUUAUCAGCGUUGUCCUCAUUAUUCAUUAUUAUAUUCAUAAUUUUUCGUCUGUAUAGCCUCCACCAUUAUUGCCCCUAAUUUUCAAUUUUCCUUGUUGUCAUAUCGUCUUGGUUGGCGCUUUCGUCAAUAUUAUUUUAUUAUCGCAAACUCCCCAUCCUUGUGGUUGUGUUGUCAUUGAUAAUGGAUGAUAACACGGGAACAGAAGAUGUGAGCAAUUCUUACACUAUCAUCGCAACCGGAAGCCCUUGUAAUUCCAAUUGUUUUUCUAAUGGAUCUAACAAAACCAACUUCGGCAAAAGUAUGAUGUCGAUUAAUCGUGGCAAAAGUAACAGUGACAUUAAUAGAAAAAAUACAAGCUUUAACGAGAACUUUAUGGAAAGUUAUAGCACUACCAACAACACUGAUGUCAUACUAGGUCCAAGCACGAAAGGGGAGCCUAUAUCAUCAUCGUCGUCGUCAUCGUCGUCAUCAUUAUCAUCAUCAUCAUCAUCGCCAUCUUCAUUAUCAUCUUCCCCUGUACCGGCAGCCUCGACAUCAUCAACAAUAACUACAAUAACAACAGCCGCGACAGUAAUGUCAGCAGCGACACGACCAUCAAAUUUUGAUGCUCCAUGCACAAAGCAACCUUUUCUGAAAUUUUCAAUUUCUUCCAUUCUAAACCUGCAAGAAGAUACCAAUUGUGAACCACAUAAUUCAACAGAAGCAAUUCGAUAUAAAGCAGACGAUAGCGAGAGAAAUUUCAGAAAAGCAGCUGCUGAUAGUUCGUGUGAAAACAGAAACAGACAAGGUCCUUCUCUCGGUUACGAUGAUACACACUUAAGUUCAGUCGAGAAAGUUAAACGAAACAGGACGACAUUUUCAUCCCGACAGUUGCAAGAACUUGAACGAGCCUUUAGAAAAACGCAUUACCCUGAUAUUUUUAUGAGGGAAAGACUGGCCAUGAGAAUCAAAUUACCUGAAUCACGGAUACAGGUCUGGUUUCAAAACCGGCGUGCAAAAUGGAGGAAGCGAGAAAAACACCUCCCAUGUAACUUACUAGGGUGUCCCACCUCAGCCUACUCUCCACAAACAGCAACGCAACAUCAUUACGGUCUUUUGAGAGGUACAAACUUCUACAACAAUAUGUUAAGUUCGAUGCAUACAUCAAUCGGCCUUUACAAUCUCGCUGGCUUUGGAAUCUCCCAUCGUAGCUUACCGUUGCAGAAUUACGACAUCCUCAGCAGUACUUCUUCCAACAGCAGCAACAGCAAUUACAAUGAUGAAUCCAACCAAAUGACUGUAAGUUUGAAUGGCAAACACAACAAUGACCUGAAGUCCCCUGAUCAUGCUUCAUUAUUGACUGUCUUGCAUAGGCGCGCUCCUUUCUUCGGUGGAACAUCAGAAAUAAAUUAAUUAGUGAUUUGAGAAAAGCACAACAUCCGAAUCAUUGACUAUGAAUAUGGUGAAAAAUAAUGACUGGCAACACAAAUAUAUUUCCUGAUAUUCACUGAAUUCUUUAUUCUAAUCAAUUAUACUUGCCUGCUUGAUAUUUCUGCUUGUUUUACCAAAUGUUUUCAUCGUUUAGUUUGUUUGUUUUUUAUAUCGUUGUUCAAGUAUUCAGUCAACAUAAAGUCUUAUUGUUAUUAUUA